GGGCGCUAGGGGUGGCCCGAGCGCUGGGGAUGCUCUGGGUAGCGCGCGCUCUGGCGCAGGUGAUGCGUCCGAGCCGGCUAGGGCGCGCGCACGCGCCUCCGGGGCUGGGCUGGGCUGGGCAUGAGGCGGCGCGCGCACUCCGGCUGGCAGAGAGCUCAGCUACACAGGCUGAAGGAGGGGGCGGCGGAAAAGUUCCCGUGACGUCAGGGUCCCCGGGAAGUGGGCGGGCAGGGAGGGGCGGGGCCUGGGGGAGGAAGCGACCGCGGAUUGGUGCGCGCUCCCCAUUCACACCUAGCACAAAGGUCUGCGGGCGCGCGCGCCGCGGUUCUGCGCACCCGCAGCUAGCUGCUGCUGCUCCGUUAAAGCCUUUCGCCCCGGGGAUCCCCCCCACCCCGCCACCGCCCCGCGCCUUGGAGCCAACGGUUGGAGCCGUAGGCGCCGGCGAGGCCCGGGUGCAGCGAGAGGAAGGGAGGAUAGAAAAGAACCUUCUGUUGGAUGAAAUAAAAGCAAACACGGGGCCUUCUGCGCUGCCUCCACCUCCAUGCCCCUCCCGCGCCUGCCGCCGCCUGCCAGGAUUGCACGGAAAUAGCUUCUCCAGGCUCCCUGGCCGCCCCUUCGCGGUGACUCGCAGAAAGAGCUUCCUGAGCCGCGGCCGGUGGGAAACAAAGGAUGUGGGGAGCGGGCGGAAGGGGCCCACGUGGCCGCCGCCGGAUUCCUACCCCCUCCCCAGCCAGCACAACAGGGUUUGGGGCCCUGGUGCCAGUCCCGGUUCCCUGGUGGACACGUAGGGGUGUGGAAGUCAUUCUGGCCACAGACAAUGAUACUGGGUACCCAGGGGCAACCCUGCAAUCUCGUGCGCGUGCAUUCCUGCAAUAUGAUUUGGGUGAGCACAAAAUGCGUGGCAGACCCUGCCCAAAGCUCCAUGAAAAAAAAA